GUCCCAUUCCAGCCACCCGCAGAGGGGUGUGAAGAUGUGAGAAUCUGCAGACGUUGUUGGGUGGAAUCCGAGCCCCACAUCGUUGCAUUGCGCAGUGAGCAAUCUGGUUCACAAUCCUCAGCACAUUAGGAAGAAAUAUUCCCCACUGAUUGAUUGAUUGAUUGAUCGAUCGAUUGUAACCGGCCGUGACCGGGAAGGGAUUAUGGCGGAUGACAGGACAGAGCCCGGACAGGACACAAACCUCGGGGCCUAUUCUCCUGUGGACUACAUGAGCAUCACCAGCUUCCCACGGCUGCCAGAAGACGAUGCGGGAUCCACGGAAAACGUACUGCGAUUCCGCAAGGAGGACGACUGCUCUCUGGGCGACCCGGACCCCGCAGAUCCAGAUCUUUUCCUGAAAUCCGCUCGACUCCGGCGCCUGCCGUCCUCUUCCUCUGAAAUGGGCAGCCAGGAGAUGUCGCCGCUGCGAGUCACGAGUAAGGAUCCUUUCUCAGGCGACUGCACCUGCCGCCAGGAUGGCUUGACUGUCAUCAUCACUGCCUGCUUGACAUUCGCGACUGGCGUGACUGUGGCGCUGGUGAUGCAAAUAUACUUUGGAGAUCCACAGAUUUUUCACCAGGGCACAGUGGUCACAGAUGUGGCUCGAUGUUCCGCUCUCGGCACUGAGAUACUGAACCGUGAUGGCUCUUCGGUCGAUGCAGCUAUAGUGUCUGCAUUGUGCUCAGGAAUAAUCCACCCCCACAGCUCGGGAAUUGGAGGGGGUGGAGUGAUGUUGGUUCAUGAUAUCAGGAAGAAUGAAAGUUUCAUCUUGGACUUCAGAGAGACGGCCCCAGCAGAGGUUGAAGAGCAGAUGUUCAGUCAUAAUGGGGAGGACAAGCCUGGUCUCUUGGUGGCUAUCCCAGGUAUGCUAAAAGGAUUGUACCAAGCUCAUCAGCUCUAUGGCAGAAUCUCCUGGUCCAAGCUCAUGGCUGCUGCAGCAGAUGUUGCAAAAGAAGGUUUCAACAUCACCCAGGAACUUGCCAAAGCUAUCAACCAAGUGAAAGAUAAAAACCUGUCCGACAAUUUCCGUGAGACCUUCCUGCCGUACGGGCAGCCGUUACAGCCAGGAGCCUUCAUGAAACGCUCUGACUUGGCGGCUGUUUUGAACGCAGUCGGCGUGGAGGGAACGUCGGCAUUUUACAACACAAACGUUACAGAGGAGAUGGUUUCUGAGGUUCGGAGUAAAGGAGGAGUAAUGUCUGAGGAGGAUUUUGCUAAUUAUACUGUCAUUGUGGAGAAGCCUGUUGAAGGAUCUUAUCAAGGUCACCUCGUGCUGACAGCUCCACCUCCACACGUGGGCCCCGCUCUCAUCUCUGCUCUCAACAUCAUGGAGGGUUUCAACAUAACAACACAGGCAGCCAGGAAUCUCACCUUCCAUCUACUCGCGGAGUCAUUGAAAAUCGCUUUAGCUCAGGCGAGCACCCUCUCCGACCCCUUCUUCGAUUCCUCCGUGGCUCACACAUCAGAGCAAAUGCUCAGUAAAUCGGAAGCCAAUGUUCUACGUCAGCUUAUCAAUGACAGUGUGGCUAAUCCUCCAGGACACUACAUGCAGUUCAAUUCCCUGGAGGCUGGUCAUCCAGUGAGCCAAGUACAUGUCAUAGGACCAGAUGACCUCAUUGUUUCUGUUGUGAGCUCCCUGAACCGUCCGUUUGGCAGUGGGAUUAUGACCACCUCCGGUAUCCUGCUGAACAGCCAGAUGUUGGAUUUCUCCUGGAAUAAAACACAAGACAGUUCCACAAUGAACCUUAGAAAUAACAUUCAACCCGGUAAAAGGCCUAUGUCCUUUCUGCUCCCUACCAUCGCCCGACCCUUGCGAGGCAUGUGUGGGACAUAUCUCUCCCUUGGAGCUUCCAGUGGAAUCAAAUCUCUUAGCAGCAUCACAGAGGUCCUGUUGAAUAUAUUUUCCUUCCGGAAGAAUUUGAAUGAAAGCCUUACACUCGGCCGGCUCGCUCCACAGCUUCAUCCAAAUAAUCUGCAGGUCGACAAUGAAUUCCUGGAGGAAGAUGUAGAAUUCCUCGAGGAUCGAGGUCACGUUGUGGUGAGAGAAGAGAUCCUUUCCUCGGUUCACAUAGCCAAAAGGGUGAACGAUAUCAUCACCGGUGCAAAGGACCCACGAAGCAGUGACGCGGCUGCAUCCGUGAUUUCAUAGCCAAACGUUCUUUCAGAUCGAUUUGUUUUUCAGUUCAGCAUGAAAUCAUGAAAGGGAGAAAAAGGCAUAAGCAGGGAAAGAGAAGACUGUUGUGUGACAGUAUUGGGAGAAGUAGAAUUCUGGAGCGAUCUAUGGGGAAACUCUCCCUCCCUCCUUCCCCAGCCUGGUUUUCAUUGAUGCUUAUAAAUGAAAAUGGCCUGACUUAUACCGCUUGUUAAUAUUUCGUAACUGGAAUUUUAGAGGAGAUAAACUGUGAAAUGCACGCUGUGGGUCAUUGUCUUAGAGCCAAAGCUUGCUGCAGAUUUGCUUAGUGGUAUCCCCACCGCAGCCAAAGACUAAAGAUAGUCAUUCCUUCUAUUGGAUAAAGGCAGAGCCAUUUUGCCACAUUGAUAUAUUUUCUCAAUUCUCAUUCAAGAGGAUUCCCUGCUCCAUUCUCAUUUGGGCUCUCUUGUCUGUAUCCCUGGAUCAUGUGAAUCCAAUCUUUGGAUAGCCAAUGAAGGUUGAAACUUAUAUCACCCCAGGCUAUCCAAUGUAUGUGUAGGGUUGCUUGUUUUGAGAUAGUCUGUGCCCAGUUAGUUAGAAAGAAAUGUUAAUAAACAUUAAAAAAUGCCAUUCCUGUGGCCACUUACCCUCCACACCCAAACUAGCUAGAUAUUCCCAUUUUGGGUAAAUAACUAGUGACAACAAAACUGUCUUAUAUUAUGAAUUUUAUUGCUCUAGUUUUCUUCUUUAAGGUGAAAUCCAUCUUAAAUAUAGUAUUGAAUUAGUCACACCUAAUAUUUUAAUUCUUACUGGGGGCUAAUGAACUUUUUGGCUGGCCUCCAAGAAGAAUGAAGCUCUAAGUAAUGGUUUUCCUGAGCUCUUUGGAAAUUAAUUAUUCCAAAACAUAUAUUUUAUUAAAAAUGAACUGAAGAUAAUAAUAAUAA